CCCAAGGGGACGCCCGCCCUCCUCCUCCUAAACUUUGCAAAGUGGGUUAGUCCGAAAAGGAGGAGGAGGACGGAGGAGGAGGAGGAAGGAGGAAGGAGGGGCGACAUCAAAGCCACACGAUCCCCGCCGGCUGGGAGGAGUCAUGCUUCGCCGUCUGUAAUGUCCGCGGAACAGGAGAAGGAGCCCAUUGCGCUGAAGAGAGUUCGAGGUGGAGACAGUGGACUGGAUGGGUUAGGAGGACCAGGUGUUCAGCUUGGAAGCCCUGAUAAGAAAAAGCGCAAAGCAAACGCCCAGGGGCCCUCUUUUCCUCCACCAUCAGAAUAUGCCCCACCACCAAAUCCAAGCUCGGAUCAUCUGGUAGCUGCAAAUCCGUUUGACGACAACUAUAAUCCUGUUUCGUACAAGCCUCUUCCUUCGGGAAAUCCGUAUCUUAGUCCCGGUUAUCCCGGCUUUGGGGGCUACACCACGUUCAGGAUGCCUCCUCACAUGCCUCCGAGAAUGUCUUCCCCUUACUACGGGGCGUACGCCCUUCGAAAUCAGCCGCACCAGUUUCCCCAGAACCCCAUGGGCAUAGGGUUCAAUCGACCUCCUGCUUUUAACUUUGGGCCCCAAGAUAAUUCUGGGUACGGAAAUCCGGUUUAUAGCGGCGGGCUGGGGCAGAACGUUAAUAUGCCCGGUCAGCAUUUUAGACCAAAUCCUGGUGAAAACUUCCCUCAGAUGCCCCCGCAGAACGCCAACCAAAUGGCCAAUCCCGACAUGGUCCCGCAUUUUGGCCCCGGAAACGCUCCGAGUUUCACCUCCCAGUUAGAACCGAAUCAUUCUUUCGUCCCCCUGCCAAACGCUUUUAGUCAGGCCAAAGCCCCUCACCAGAAGCCAGACUUUAAUCAAGGACAGAGCAAAAACACCGCUCAGAACUCCUCAGCACACCCACCUCAGCUGAGCCUGGACCCCGCGGGGAACCAGAGUACCGCCGAGGCGAAAAACGUCCACCGCAGCAACGCGGCGAGCACGGAGAGCAACCACUCCGGCGGCGCAGAGGUGGUGACCGCCGGCCAGGCCAACGGGACCCCAAACCAACCCCGCCCGCCCAGGGGCUCGCCCGCCGGGGCCAGCUCUGAAAAGAACAGCAAAAGCACCCUCCCCCUGAGCCGCCAUGGCCACCCAUCCUCGGAUCCGGUGUAUCCUUGCGGCAUAUGCACGAACGAAGUGAACGAUGACCAGGAUGCCAUCCUGUGCGAGGCCUCCUGCCAGAAAUGGUUUCACCGCAUCUGCACGGGUAUGACCGAGACCGCCUAUGGGCUCCUGACGGCGGAAGCGUCAGCCGUCUGGGGCUGUGACACCUGCAUGGCCGACAAGGACGUUCAGCUGAUGCGCACCAGGGAGAGCAUUGGGGCCACGGCAGCGGGUACGGACGGGUAGUGGCGGGAAGGGUGUUCUUUGUCUUUUUCCAGGCGUCGCAGCGGUCCGGCUUUCAAGGAUCCGAAAGCUUCCCAAAGCCCCUGAAAAUCGUAUUUGUCUCGUCAGCUCCCUGGUUAAGCUUAGCGAUUUCCAGGCCGGACGUUCAGUCUUAGGUCCGGCGCGGAUAAUGAUUCUCUUUUUUGGUAUAUCCUCCCUGGGUGUUCAUCAGAAAUACAAAAGCCUCUCAACGCUUCAUUCAUUCAUUCGGUCGUAUUUAUUGAGCACUUACUGUGUGCUGAGCA